ACUGCAAGAAACAGCCCGUCAUCUCUGACAGAUUCCCAUUGCCGGAAUUGCAAUGUCCUACAGCACAUUCACCAUCAGCCUUGUCUGCUUGUUGGCCUUGACAUCAGCAUGCUAUAUACAAAACUGCCCCAUAGGAGGAAAAAGGUCUGUGAUGGACAUCAUGGAUAUUAGAAAGUGCAUCCCUUGUGGACCAAGAAAUAAAGGACACUGCUUCGGGCCCAACAUCUGCUGCGGGGAAGAGCUGGGCUGCUACUUCGGUACCUCAGAGACGUUGAGGUGUCAGGAAGAGAAUUACCUGCCCUCGCCAUGCGAGUCUGGGCGGAAGCCAUGCGGGAAUAAUGGAGGCAACUGCGCAGCCUCAGGGAUAUGCUGUAACCAUGAGACCUGUACAAUGGACCAGGCAUGUGAACAGGAUGCUGUAUUUUCCUAGUGAAGGUCCUCAGAAGUUCUAUCCCUCUGCCAAUGCAAACCAACCGAAGAACAGCAAGCCAAGUCACAUCACCACGUCCUGAGGCAGGACGCACACAGCCGGUGUAUAGUUGUACUGUAUAAUGAAUAAAGAAUCCUAAAACAA